AUGACCACCACCGCCGCCCCUAGCGAUAGUGGAAACGACAGAAUCAAACUGUCUACCCUUCAUAUCGAAAAUGCCGAUGCCGAUGAUCUCAGGCACCGGAAGUUCAAGAGCGCUCGAGGCGGUGCAGACACCGCGCUUGCUCUCUUCAGUGAUGUCGACGAGAUCAGUCAACCGCACGACCCGGCCGAAGAGAAGGAACUCAUUAGGAAGAUUGACUGGAUGAUCCUCCCGUAUCUAUCCGUUUGUUAUGUCUUCUUCUAUCUCGACAAGACUACGCUCUCUUACGCAGCAAUUUUUGGCAUCUCGGAAGAUCUUCACCUCGUCGGCAAUGAAUACAGCUGGUUGUCCUCAAUCUUCUACUUCGGGUUCAUGAUCUGGGCGUUACCGACCAACCUUCUGAUGCAACGAUAUCCAAUUGGCAAAUACCUUAGCAUCAACAUCAUUGCAUGGGGUAUCCUCCUCAUGCUCCAGGCGGCCGCGACCAACUUCGCCUCGCUGGCCGCUCUCCGAGCGCUCAGUGGUGCCGCAGAAGCCUGUGCGGAUCCCGCAUUCAUGAUCAUCACCGUCAUGUGGUACACACGGCGAGAACAACCGAUCCGGAUCGGCCUCUGGUACACGUCACUCGGUCUUGGAAUUGCGGGCGGUGGCCUCCUGGGUUACGGAAUCGGGCAGAUCCGUCACGUACUCCCAAGCUGGAAGUAUGAGUUCCUGAUUGUCGGAGCACUAUGCUCCGCUUGGGGUGUUGUCAUGUUCUUCCUCCUGCCCGACUCCCCAGUAACUGCUCCGGUCUUGUCUUUGAAACAAAGAAAGAUGGCUGUGGAGCGCCUCCGCGAAAAUCAGACUGGAGUGGAGAACAAGCAGUUCAAGCUCUAUCAGAUGGUGGAAGCCGUGACAGACGUUAAGGUGUUCCUGUUUUUCAUGAUUGCUUUGCUACAAGCCAUGGUCAACGGCGGAAUAACAAACUUUGGGACGUUAAUUGUGAAAGGAUUCGGCUACUCCACACUUGGAACGAACCUCCUUCAGAUUCCCUACGGCGCUUUUAUAUCGUUUGUAAUCCUUGCGUGCGUCUUUAUCAACAACAAGGUACCUGGAAACAAAAGAUGUCUCAUGCUUUUGGUUUUCCUGGCCCCCAAUGUUGCCGCAACAUUCGGCAUGCGAUUCGUCUCAACGGAGCAGAAAGUUGGGCGAUUAAUCUGCUAUUACUUGACCGGCUCGUACAAUGCAUCUUUUGUCAUGCUCCUUGCUCUGACAACUGGCAAUAUCGCAGGCCACACCAAAAAGGUUGUGACCAACGCGUGUUUGUUUGUCGGGUAUUGCGUUGGGAAUAUUGCAGGCCCUUUCUUUUACAAAGAGGACCAAGCGCCUGUAUACAGCCUCGGCAUCUGGAGUAUGAUUGUGUCUCAUUUGCUUGAGGUUGUAGUUGUGAGCUUGCUAUGGUUUCUUUUACGGAGAGAGAAUCGUAAGCGAGAUCAACUGCAAAACGUCGAAGGCAUGGUCGACCCUGGGCGCCAAGAGGCAGAAAUGGACAGCACGGCUUUCAGCGACUUGACGGAUAAGGAGAACUUGAACUUCCGAUAUAUAUAUUAG